AUGCGACAGGUUGCACGGAAGUUACGAAGCUUUGGAAGGAGGAUACACAAUGGACGGCAUGGUUGACUUGACUGGCGGAAUCACGGAAAUGAUCAGUUUAUCAGAUUCAAAAGAUUUGACCAUCGAGAAGGAGAAGCUUUUAUUCAAGCAAUUGUUCCGAGCUUUCGAGAACAAAUCCUUUAUGACCUGUGGACGAAGCAUGGGCCAUGCUGAGGUAAAAAACGGACUUCCAGAUGGACAUGCAUACACAAUCACAAAUGUUGCAUACGUUUCAUCGCAAGGAAGACCUGAACCCAAUCGAUUAAUUCGAAUAAAGAACCCGUGGGCGAGUGCUGUUGAGUGGACCGGGGAUUGGAGUGACACUGAUGAAAAUAGUUGGAGCAAAGUCAGCGAGGCGGUGAAAAGUAGAAUAGGACACCACGAAGUGCACGACGAUGGUCAAUUUUGGAUGAAUUUCAAGGACUUUGCCAACGAAUUCAGCUUCUACACUAUUUGCUCUAUAACACCUGACCUGGAUGAUAAUCUUCGGCCAGACGAUCCGUCGACAACAGAGGUUAAAAUGAGAUUCGGAAGUUGGGUGGGCGACUCGGCAGGAGGAUCUGCCAACAAAGAGCGUCCCUUGGCAACAAAUCCUCAAUAUCUUUUCACGAUUGCUGAGCCAGACGACGAUGACGAUAAGGGAGAUUGUACAGUCGUCAUCGGCCUCAUGCAGAUGUACAGACGAAAACAGCAUGCCAUUUUUUUGAGCAUUGGCUUCCGGGUAUACCGCGCGAAUGCUAAAAAUCCAUAUCAAUGGCUCUGUGACGCCGACCUUGAAGAAGAGUUGGGCGGCUCGGGUUCAUAUCGUCGACUAAGAGAGGUCACAGGAAAGGUUGACCUGAAACCCGGUAAUUACAUCGUUAUCCCUUCAACUGCGUAUCCGGGAGAAGAAAAUGACUUUAUGCUGCGUUUCUUCUCGGGAAAAUCGAUCGAAAUUCAUGAAAUGGAGGAAUCUUGAUGCAACUAAAUUUCAGAAAUAAACUCAUGCCAAUUGAUUUUCUA